GAAGAAGAAGAGAAGGAGAGAAAUUGAAAAGAGUUAUAUAGAGAUGUGGGUCUAAAAUUGUUGUCCAACCCUACACAACCCCCUUUUUUCUUUCUUCUACAAACCGAGAGAGAGAGCAGAGAGGCUUGUUGUACAAAAUUACACACACCUCCACUCACACCCACCCUUUUCUUCUCCCAAAUUUUUCCAAUCCUCCUCCUCUCUGGACUACUCGAUGAGACCCAGCAGCAGAGGAGCUCAACUCUAAGAAGAAAGAAGAAAAUGGGCAAGUACAUGAGGAAGUCCAAGCCCGCCGGUCACGUGGCAGUCAUGGAAGUCUCCCAGGCCGGGGUUCGCACCCGCGCCAAAACCCUAGCUCUCCAGCGCAGCUCCUCCUCCUAUCUCCAGCUCCGCAGCCGCCGCCUCGAGAAGCCUCCUAUUCUCGUCCCCAAGAGACACCACAACAAGCACCACCAUACUCCCAAGCAGCAGCAGCCCUCCGCCGCCGAGCCUUCCCCGACGAAACCCGAAGACGGCGGCGAGGAAUUGUCGCCGCCCAAGGAGGAGGAGCAGAAGAAGAAUAGUGAGCUCAAUGACGGCGGCGAAGACGGUGGUGCUGAAGAAGCUUCGUUCGGAGAGAAUGUGCUCGAGUUUGAAGGUAGAGAGAGAACCACUAGGGAAUCCACGCCUUGCAGCUUGAUAAGGGAUCCAGACACCAUCAGAACCCCUGGUUCUACAACAAGGCCUACUAAUUCAGCUGAUACUAACCGGAGAAUACAGAACUCAUCACAGAGACACAUACCAACAGCACAUGACAUGGAUGAGUUCUUUGCUGGUGCUGAAGAAGAGCAGCAGAAGCAAUUCAUUGACAAAUACAACUUUGACCCUGUGAAUGAUAAGCCGCUACCAGGACGUUACGAAUGGGAGAAAUUGGAUCCUUAGAAGAAAUACUAACUCUCUAUCAGGGGCUUCCUUUCCUGCUCAUUCUGGGUUGAUCUUGGGCUUAGGAUAUCUAAACUAGCAGGUUUUAGUUUUAGUAGUUGUGGUGAUGGUGCUAUUUCUAUUUUCCAUCGCCCUUCUUUUACUUGUAAAGAAGUAGGACUGGGUAAGAUGUGUAGACUAAUGGUCUGUGACAUAACAUAUGUUAUGAGUACACAACAAAUACAAAUCAAAGUCCUUUGUCUAACAGAUCAUGUGAAAGAGGAGGAAGGGAGUUAAAGAGGGUUGGGGAUGUAGUAGGGUUUAGGGCUUAGGGUUAGGUUCAGUCGAUUAGGUGGUCAGUCUAUGUGGUACAGAAAAUUACUUAGAUUGAUCCUCUUUUUCUCGUGCACUGUAAUUUCUUCUUCCCUUCUUUGUCUAUACUUGUACUGAUGCAACUUUAACUCUUGGAAUAAAUAUGACCCUUUUCCC